GAGGCCCUGGUUCAGUUUCGGCGCGAGGGCUCGCCAACUGUGCAACUGACGGACUAUGCGUCCCGGCCACAGUUGUGGCGUUGUGCGGCUGUGGCGGGAGCCAAACAGGCGACGCGUGCGUUCCCCAAUCGAGCCGAGAAAUCAAUCCCAGAUCCCAAUCCGUAUUCUCCCUUCCUACCAAACCCUAACUCUACCCCUCCCACUCCCCCGAGCUUAACCGGCGGCGAUCCAAGAUGCCGGCGACGGCGGGGCGCGUUCGCAUGCCCGCGAACAACCGCGUGCACAGCAGCGCGGCGUUGCAGACGCACGGCAUCUGGCAGAGCGCCAUCGGAUACGACCCCUACGCGCCCGAGAACAACAAGCAACAGCCGGGCCGCCCCUCCUCCUCCGUCUCCGCCAACGCCGCCGCCGCAGCCGCCAACGACGCCAACGCAGCCGCCAGCGCCGCAGCAGCUUCCGGAUCCGGCUCGGGCGAUGGCAACGCCUACACCAGCUUCCAGGGCCUCCUCGCGCUCGCCCGCAUCACCGGCUCCAACUCCGAUGAGACACGCGGAGCCUGCAAGAAGUGCGGCCGCGUUGGCCACCUCACCUUCCAGUGCCGCAACUUCCUCUCCGUCAAGGACCUGGACCUGGACGACGCCGACGCCCAGGCAGCCGCGCAGGCCAAGUUUGACGAGAUAAAAAAGAAGGCUGCUGCCGGUGGUGACGCAGAUGAGGCUUCUGAUGAUGUGGAAGAGGAGGACGAGGACAGUGAUUCCUCUGAUUCAGACAUCGACCCUGAGCUGGAGAGGAUAAUUGCACAGCGUGAGCGCGCCAGGAAUGGGGGAAGGAGACCCAGGCAGGAAGAGAAGUCGUCAAGCCACCGCCAUAGGAGCAGCAGCACCAAGAGAAAAUCAAAGCACACAAGGAGUAGAAGGAGUGAUGAUAGUGAGGAUGAAGAGGAGGAAGGCAGAAGAGGCAGGGACAGGAAGAAGAGGUCCAACAGAUCGAAGAAGCAUGGAAGAUCAGAUGAGGAUAGCAGCGACAAUAGUGACUCCGAUAGGCAGAGGCACAGGAAGAGGAGGAGGAGCCAUCGCAGGAGCGAGGACUCAUUGGAUGAGAAGGAUGUGUCUGGAGGUGAAGAAAGGAGGCAUCGGCGUCACUGCAAGCGGAGCCAUCACCGGAGGGAUGCAUCUGACUGUAACAAUGAUGGCAGUGAUUUUGCUGAUGACAAGAAUCAAUCCAGCAGGCGGAGGAGGCACCGCCGGUCAGAAAGCAGUGGGUCCGAUGAGGAUGAGCUACAUGACCAUCGGGGAGCAAAGCGAUCUGGGCAGAAGAACAGGGACCGCAAGAGGAGCUAAAGAGGAGCAUUGAAUUGGUAAUCCUAUUCGAUGAUGUUAUUGAGUUCCUCUAUUUAUCAGCUGGUCGGUUGCCUUGUAAGUUUGAAAUAUUUGAAGCAUGAUGCUUAAUGUUUGUAACAAUGUAACAUGUUGGUGUAUAUUCUGUAUGUCUGUCUGAACUAUGCUUCGAGUCUAUUAUGCGUUCAUGAUUUGAUGAUUGAGGAUUUUUUUUAA